AUGUGGGAAGAAGUGGCCAAAUACGUGAUCCAAGCCGCGUGGCUCGUCCCGGGCGGCAUAUUGAAUGCGAUAUUGUUGUAUACCAUUUGGUACAAGAAUCAUGAUACUUAUGGGUCGAGUUCCUUUUUCAUGAUCUACUCCACCGACUGUUUCGUCAGUUUCGUCUUGAUACUGGCCGACAUGUUCGUCGGUCGAUUCUUCAUUUAUUUCACUCCUUUGUGCUCAUUUCUCUCUCCGUUUUUCUACGAGCCGUUACUCUUUUUCAAGUUCAUAAUGAUCGUGAUCAACCAUUUCAAAGCGUGCAAAUCGCUCAUCCAAAUAUUUUUGGUCUUGAAUCGAAUGUACUGUGUCAUUGCUCCCGUUAGCUAUGGAAUCAUCUGGAAGCGAUAUUUAAAAGGCGUAUAUCUUUUCAUAUUUGUGACUCCUUUGUCUAUCGACUGGAAUUUGGCCAUUUCGAGAGUAUAUAUGCAGCCGACGUUCGGCGGAUUUUAUAUGGAGUACAUCAAAAAGGUUUCCUGGGUGAGUUGGAAAAUUGAUGGUGAUUUGCUGGGUCUCGAGACGUUUUUAAAACUGUAGCUCUUGGAAUUGAGCACGUACGAAGAUCUCAAUCCGUUUCCAAAGACGUGACGAUUCUAAGAAACAUUAUGUGUUCACUGAUCAAUUCCAGGCUAGUCAAUCCCGUUUCCAACUAGUCUUCAUAAUCACCGCACUUGUGUUUACACUAAUUUGCACGUCGGCAACCUUGUACUCACUUAUCAUGCUACCGAAGAGAUUGAAAAGUGUUGAACGGACAAUAUCCAUUGCCACGGUUCUUAUGUCCGGUGGUUUUAUUGCUGUCGCCGUGUUUCAAGUAAUAGGGUCUUGCCACCAAAAAUUGCAAAUGAGAGGCGACAACUCGAAUUAUUUUUUAAAGAAGUAAUUAGUUUUCAGGUUCUGUUCGGUUUUUUUACGUACAUAUUUACAACCAGUGCAGUUUUCGGCUACUAUCUCGUUUCAUUUGACUUUUUGAACGUCGGGUAAGUGAACCAACACUAUCUUUAUGUCGCAAUGAAUUUCAGCUCGCCAAUCAUCAUGCUCUGCAUCAGCAAAAAUCUCCGUGUUCAUGCUUUCUCCCGAAGUUCCUCAAAAUCUCAGAGCACAAAAGUAUUUACGCUGACCAAUAGGUGGGUUCUUCCGGUGAAAAACUUGCUAUAUUCGAAAUUACAGUGUACAGAAAUCCCGGUGA